AUGGGAACUGAAGGAGGGUCAGAGGCUAAGAGGGCCAGGUCAUCAAAGAUUGAAGGGAUUGAUGACAUUCCUAAAGUUGGGAAGAUCUAUCAGUUCACGAUUGAGCUAUUAAAGUCAGAGAAUUCUAGAUACUGGUUCGGUGCAAUGAAGGAGCAACUGGCUUUUCAGGAUUGCUGGGAAGCAAUUGAGAAAUACAAGGAGUUGGCAUUUGAUGAAUAUCAAGAGCUACUGUGA